CGUGACGUAAUGUCAGGUUUGUUGUCGAGCCAGCUACAGCUGUUGAACGAGGUUGGAGGUUCUGCAUUGGCGACAGCAAAGUUGGUUCUUUAUUGUAUGAGUUAGUGCUCUAACAGCGCCUCGGCUGUAACCAGUCAGCAUGGGUCGCAUCUUCCUCGAUCAUAUUGGAGGUUCCAGACUGUUUUCGUGCGCGAGCUGCGACACCAUUUUGACAAAUCGCAGUGAGCUCAUCAGUACAAGAUUUACUGGAGCCACGGGAAGGGCAUUCCUCUUCAACAAAGUGGUCAACCUCAAUUACAGCGAGGUGCAAGACCGAGUGAUGCUGACGGGCCGGCACAUGGUACGCGACGUGUCCUGCAAGAACUGCGACACCAAGCUCGGCUGGGUGUACGAGUUUGCCACUGAGGAGGGCCAGCGGUACAAGGAGGGACGAGUCAUCCUUGAGAGGGCACUUGUCACCGAGAGCGAUGGCAUCGAGGAGCACAUGGGCAACUGACCCGCUUCUGCGCCGCCCUAUUAGCCGUGACGGCGCAACUGUGGCAAGCCUCGGCUGGAAAUGACUCCAGACUGCUUGCUAUUGGCACCCGAUUUUAAAGAUUGGCACUGCGGCACUGGAAACGAAAUCUGUGUGCUGGCAGUAGACAUUGUUCCGAGCCCGAGGACAGAUACUUCCAUUCACCUCUGCUUCUUCACUUAUUAGGAUUAGUAAUGACCAUUAUCAUGUGGUUCUGUAUGCAGCAAGAAAUGUCUGUAUUUUGGUCUAAAGACAGCAGACAAGGUGAUGUCUUGGACCAGUUUCAUUCGAGCAGUUGAUGUUCUGGCAUCUCACAGCAGUGAAUGGGGGGGGGGGGGGGGGGGAAGCGUGCAGUGCCAAUUGCUGCCUCUGUAUUGCGAGCCACGUCAGUGUGGAAAAGGGAUCACUUACCACGCAUGCUGUUCUGUACAUACAACUUUUCCACAUAAAGCUUUUGUUGGGGAUGCAACUUUUUUUGACACUUCAUGUUGGAAUAGAGCAUGCACACAUUCAUAUCUUUUGAAAGCUUAAUUCUUUGGCUGAAGGCUGACAAAUCUAUUGGUACACUGAUUGAAGUGCUAGUUUCACAUUGCUGGACAAAAUAAAAGCGAAUGUUUAGACUUUCUGAAGAAGCAAAAAAAAUAUCAGUGACUGUGUAAAGUCUACUAUGAUGUUUAACAUUUGUCAACAUUGUUGGCAAUACAGUUCGCUCACAGAGUCUAGAACUACCAUCUUUACAAGUGCAAAAAUCUGGAAUGUAACAACUUACUUUAUACCUAUCAAAAGCUAAUUUGCUCGGCUGAAUAUAGAGGAAACUGUUUGUACACUAACUGAAGUGCUAGCAGGAUGAAACGCUAACAACCACUUUCUGAAAAAGUCAAUUUCCAUAAAGUCCAUUGAAAAACUCUGCAGUAUCACCUCUACAGAGGUGUGGGACAGCCAUCUUCACAGUCAACUCAGAAUUUGCUGUUGAAUUCCACUGAUAGAAGCCAGCUUAAAUUUUUUUUUUUUUUUUCAUUUGGUCAUCUUUGAGUGCCACCCUGAAAGUUGCCUUGAACAUCCGAUGAUACAAACCAACUUUGCUUGUUCCGUCAGUCUGUGUACACACACACAUACAUCAUCAAGAACUCACUGACACCUUUCUUACUAUGAGUAUUUUAAUGGCACGCACUUUUAACAGGAAAAGCCUGCAUAAAACAGACACAUGGCAGUGUAACAAGUGCACGCAAAGUAAGCUGCCAUCAGAUUUGUUCCAGAGUAAAAGGCAAAUGUUACAAAACAAUGCACGCCACACCAUAAUGUUCACCAUGGGUUGGACUUGUGCUGCAAGGGUGGUUUGACUAACAAGACAACGCCAUGUUGGGGUUUGCAUUCACAAAACUCCUCUUCACGUGCUAUCUGUGAUUGGCUAUCGUGUAUUCCAAUGUUGGAGUACACAACUGCUUGUGUACUGUGCUUUGAUUGUGAGUUAAAUAACUCCGAGAUGGUCAAUCUGGAACCCACCAGCUACGGCAUCUCUCAUGGCCUGUUAUUUAUUUUAGGAUGUUAAGCCCUGCGAUCUAAUUUUCUGGCCAUCGUCAUGGCAAUCAUCUAGUUAUCACGGAAAUCACUGUAAUGAAUGGCUGCACCUGCAUGGAAAUGCACUUACACUGGAGGAGUUUUGUGAACACAGACCUUGCCUGUCCUCUUUUAACAUGAAAGAAUAGUAAAUGUCAUCUAAACAAGGAAAACGGGUAUGAACAGGCUCUUCCAGAUAAACCAUUUGCUGCUCCAUACUCCGAUUUUCUAAGAGGUAGCCAUUUUUCACAUGGUAAUAGUUAGGUGCAGUGCUUUUCUGUUUCAAGCAGAAUAUACACACUAAAUGUGAUACAGGGUGAUUGAAAGGAACCAUAUGCACGUCACAUCCCACCAGAGGAGUAGAAAGUCUGUGCUGAGAAAAUUGCGUUAUUUGGCUGGCUGUAGACUGCACAUAUUUUCGAAUAGAGCAAGCAAAUUUUGCAUCAAGCCAUAUUAAUACACUGCAGAAUGCUACCUAUGUGUGAAAUAAGACCAACAGAGCCUGCAGGUUAACCUGAAGAGCAAUUUAUACCCGUAUUCCUUUGUUUAUACAACAUUCCCGAGGUUGAUCACAUUGAUUCUCUCACACUUGUAAUUUGACUGCUAGUAUGCUUAAACAUUGUGUAAUUGUCCGCACACAAAACACAUAAUUGAAUGUUCUCUCAAUAAAGCAUAAAAUCGAACUCUUAAAAACUGUGGUAAUGUGGCUCGGGCACAUUUCAGAAUAGUUGCCCAACUGAAACAGACUUUCCACAUCCUAUGUUCUGUAACAUGUCCCGAGUUACUGCACAUUGCUGGGCAGUGGCACUCCCCUCUCUCAUGAAGGGGAAGGCACGCUUGUCUGUGCUCAACCAUCGCAUAAUGUAAUAAAUAUGGCAAAGUAAAGCACUACAAAAGGCCUACAUGUUACAAACCACUGCAUUUUGGCAAGGCAUUCAUAUUCUGCCACGCUACUUGCAAGUUGGAAGUCACCGGAACAAAGGAGGAGCAGAAAAACUGGGCGGCUGGAAUAAUACAACAGCCUUAAUUCAGUACCAAGCUUGGCACACCCAGAAGGAUUGUAUUCACACAACUGUCAUUAGAUUAGCUGAGCACCACUUCCAUCUGCUCACGUUUCAGAUGCCUGAGCACUGCAGACAGCUGUGUGGAUUUCACAUUAUUGAUAAGUGUGGGACUUGCAGUCAGCUUGGCUUCAAAAUUACAAAGAAGCCACGUGAUCCGCUGCUGGCACGAGUGUUGUGUGCACACACGCUGGCAUUCCUGCUGCGUGAAAAUUGAUAGGCUACACUGAUCCAGGCAGAGAGGAAUGUGAAUGCUUAGCUGAAACUCUCUAUUUAGCUCACUAGAAGCCACAAAUGCCAGCAGUCGCCAACACAAUGCGUGGUAGCUCCUCUAUCAGACAUACUUCUGCAAGCUGAACGCUACGCUGCCCCUCAAAAAGCAGUCAACCCUUUUGUAACUCUGCUCUGUGAUUCUCAUGUUGACAAGUUGCUUGAGAAACGCACCUUCCGAGUAUAUGCUCAGGCAUUGCAGCUCACAAAUCAGUGGGGGCUGUUACAGGAGUGCGAUAACCACUUCCGUGGCACAGCCUUCCGUUGCGCUAAGUGAGGUCUAGUGUUGGAAGAAAUGGGGCUCUUUUGCCACAUUAGCUACAGUGGUGUCGUACUGCUGCCAUGAAAUGAAAUGUACAAUAACACAAAGAAACAGAGCGAAAUAAGUUGUUGUAUCGUACCGGCCCAGGUGCUCCGCUAGAUUUUUCCAUAGUUCUCCACCAACACACAAAAAAAAGACACAAAGUGCACAGAACAGCAAGGCAACAACUUCCCUGUCUGACACUGCAGAGUAUACACUUUUCUUUUGAGUGAUCAGUGCAAUCUACAUUUACAUUUUUUAUGAGAGUAGAGCGCGAAGGCAUGUUUCAACUCCUUCCAAACAUCAGGAACUUGCAUGUAUUCCGACACGCUUUCAAAUGCUACAGGAACAGCCUUAGGAAAGUGUCGCAUAACGGCAUGAAAGUAGGCACAAGAAUCCCUUUACAUAGCAGCCACCGGCAAAUGUGUGCGUGCAUCAAACAGCCGUGUAACAAGUGUCGGUGUAUUCAGAUGUUCUGUAAAAAGUUGUUCGUAUAAAAAAAUCACUGCUUUCUGUACAUUGCCAGUAAAAGUAACGACUGAGAUCAGUGCUCAAUGUCUUGCAAAAAAAUAUAUAUAUAUGUAGUCUUUCAAUCUUUUUCACAUGGGCCAUCUGUUUUUGUUGUUUUUCGUUUUCUUUCAGUGUAAAAGGCUUGCGAAAAUAAAGUAUGCCAGAAUUGUUUCA